GUCGCCGUCCGGUCCCUCGGGAGCCCGUCAUGGAGCGGUGGGCGCGGCUCGGGCGGCCCCGCUGAGCCCGGGGCCGAAGCUGCGGCUCGGGGAGCGCCAUGCCUACCCGAGUAUGCUGCUGCUGUUCUGCUCUGCGUCCACGCUACAAACGCCUGGUGGACAACAUAUUCCCCGAGGAUCCAAAAGUAAUUUGAGCUACAUCUACUGGUUCUUCUCUUUGCUGACCCAUCCUUAACCCCUGCUGAUAACCCUAAGGAUGGGCUUGUUAAAGCUGAUAUGGAGAAAUUGACAUUCUAUGCAGUCUCUGCUCCAGAGAAACUGGAUCGAAUUGGUGCUUACCUGGCAGAAAGGUUGAGCAGGGAUGUUGUCAGACAUCGCUCUGGGUAUGUUUUAAUUGCUAUGGAGGCAUUAGACCAGCUUCUUAUGGCUUGCCAUUCUCAGAGCAUCAAGCCAUUUGUUGAAAGUUUCCUUCAUAUGGUAGCCAAGCUGCUGGAGUCGGGGGAACCAAAACUUCAAGUCCUUGGAACAAAUUCAUUUGUUAAAUUUGCAAACAUUGAAGAAGACACACCAUCUUAUCACAGACGAUAUGACUUCUUUGUAUCUCGCUUCAGCGCCAUGUGUCAUUCCUGUCAUAGUGAUCCAGAAAUAAGAACAGAAAUUCGAAUCGCUGGAAUCAGGGGCAUUCAAGGUGUGGUUCGCAAGACAGUUAACGAUGAACUUCGAGCUACUAUUUGGGAACCCCAGCAUAUGGAUAAAAUUGUCCCAUCUCUGCUGUUUAACAUGCAGAAGGUAGAAGAGGUUGACAGUCGUAUAGGCCCACCAUCUUCUCCUUCUGCAGCUGAAAAGGAGGAGAAUCCUGCUGUGCUGGCUGAAAACUGUUUCAGAGAACUGCUGGGAAGAGCAACUUUUGGGAACAUGAAUAACGCCGUUCGACCAGUUUUUGCGCAUUUAGACCAUCACAAACUGUGGGAUCCCAAUGAAUUUGCAGUUCAUUGCUUUAAAAUCAUUAUGUAUUCCAUUCAGGCCCAGUAUUCUCAUCACGUGAUUCAGGAGAUUCUAGGACACCUUGAUGUUCGUAAAAAAGAUCCUUCACGGGUCCGAGCAGGUAUUAUUCAAGUUCUGUUAGAAGCUGUUGCCAUUGCUGCUAAAGGCUCCAUAGGACCUACAGUGCUGGAAGUCUUUAACACUCUACUGAAGCACUUGCGUCUCAGUGUUGAAUUUGAAGCAAAUGACUUGCAAGAGGGAGCUAUGGCUAGUGCCAACGUAAACACCAGUUCCAAAGACAAUGAUGAAAAGAUUGUGCAGAAUGCUAUCAUCCAGACAAUAGGAUUUUUUGGCAGCAACCUUCCAGAUUAUCAGAGGUCAGAAAUCAUGAUGUUCAUUAUGGGGAAAGUUCCUGUUUCUGGAACAGCAACCCUUACUUUGGAUAUCAGCCAACUUGGGGAUUUAGGGACCAGGCGGAUACAAAUAAUGUUGCUGAGAUCAUUACUUAUGGUGACCUCUGGAUACAAAGCAAAAACAAUUGUUACUGCAUUGCCUACAUCUUUUCUGGAUCCUUUGCUAUCAUCAUCACUUAUGGAAGACUAUGAACUAAGACAGUUAGUAUUGGAAGUGAUGCAUAAUCUCAUGGAUCGCCAUGACAAUAGAGCAAAGCUUCGAGGGAUCAGAAUAAUACCUGAUGUAGCUGACCUAAAGAUAAAAAGAGAGAAAAUUUGUAGACAAGAUUCAAGUUUCAUGAAAAAGAACGGACAGCAACUUUAUCGCCAUAUAUAUCUGGGAUGUAAAGAGGAAGACAAUGUUCAGAAAAACUAUGAGUUACUCUAUACUUCUCUUGCUCUUAUAACUAUUGAACUGGCCAAUGAAGAAGUGGUUAUUGAUCUCAUUCGACUGGCCAUAGCUUUACAGGACAGUGCAAUUAUCAAUGAGGAUAAUUUGUCAAUGUUCCAUCGAUGUGGAAUAAUGGCACUGGUUGCUGCAUACCUCAACUUUGUCAGUCAGAUGAUAGCAGUCCCUGCAUUUUGCCAGCACAUUAGCAAGGUUAUUGAAAUUCGAACAAUGGAAGCCCCUUAUUUUCUCCCAGAGCAUAUAUUCAGAGAUAAGUGCAUGCUUCCAAAGUCUUUAGAGAAGCAUGACAAAAGUUUGUACUUCUUGACCAACAAGAUCGCAGAAUCUCUAGGUGGAAGCGGCUACAGUGUGGAAAGACUAUCAGUACCCUACGUACCACAAGCAACAAAUGAAGAUCAACUUUCUAGAAGAAAAAGUAUUGUGGACACCGUAUCCAUUCAGGUGGAUAUUUUCCCCAACAGCAUUCCUUCUGAUGAUGUGGUGAGUAAUACUGAAGAAAUCACCUUUGAAGCAUUAAAGAAAGCAAUUGAUACCAAUGGAAUGGAAGAACAAGAGAAGGAAAAGAGGCGUCUAGUGAUAGAGAAGUUCCAGAAAGCGCCAUUUGAAGAAAUAGCAGCACAAUGUGAAUCCAAAACAAAUCUGCUUCAUGAUAGACUAGCUCAUAUAUUGGAACUCACUAUACGUCCUCCUCCCAGUCCAUCAGGAACACUGACCAUUACAUCUGGGCAUGCCCAAUACCAGUCUGUUCCAGUUUAUGAAAUGAAGUUUCCAGACCUGUGUGUGUACUAAGUGACUUCAUGAAGACCUCAGCAUAGAAUUUUAAGACUGAAACUUAGAAGGCCAAAACAAGUUUUGAGGGGUUAAUACAUGUCAAUAUAUUUCUAAACAUAAGAAUGCAACUUACCGAUAUCCAAAUGCUUGGCCUGCCAUAUUAGAAAAUUUGUAAUCUGAGAUUUAGAGUACUUUUAUACAUAGUUUUACACUAUGUUUAUUUCUUUGGAGAUUUCUUUUGGCUUCUAAAAUUAAACAUAUAAAUGUCUCACAUCAUUCCUUUCUUAAACUGUACAUUUUAACCUUUCACAAAGAUUAAUCUACAGGGUUGAAAUGUAUGAAAUGGAUAAACUGUAUUAAAUUGUACACUGCUUCUUAGAAAUAGAAUUACUUACGUUUUUCUGCAAAAACAAAUACAUAUCAAUCUAUUCUGAAUUAUGGGGCUGUAUAAUUCUUGUAAUAGGCAUCCCACUAUUUAUUACUGUAAUAAUACAGGAUAGGCAUUUCUCAGUUUGCUUAGAUUGUAAUAACUAUUGAAUAAUAAUAUCUCUAGAAUCCAACCCUAAGAGUCGCCAUAUUUUCAAGUGUUUAUUCUUGAAUACUGUGUGUUCUCCCUAGAGUUUUCCCAUGCUAUUUGAGAGGCUGUGAGUUUUCUCUUGGAGUACGGAACUGUGCAAUAUUUUUUUACAUAAGAUGUAUUAGUUUACAGACUAUGCUUUGAAAUUUAUAGCAGUAGUUUGCUAUGACUCCAUUAAUACAAUGAUAUAUAUUAAUAUAGGGGAAAAGGACGUUUUAAAUAGCUAUUGGUUCAUUUGGGGGAAAGUUUAUACAUUUUGAUUUCUAUUAAGAGCACAUUAAUUUACAUUGUGUACUAUGUUAAAUCCUCAUAGGAAAAAAAUCCCCAGAUGAGCUUUUAAUUAAUUUGCAAUUGUGAAUGGCUUCAGUGUACCUCAGUUUGAGUUUUAAUAUAUUUGAAAAGAGUGCCUAGAGUUCUAGCAAUCCGGUAUGCUAAGAGUCUUCAAUUUAGGCUUCUGUUGAUAGAAGCUAAUGACAAAUAGGAUUACAUGUGCUGGCAGACCCAUAAUGUUUCCUUAAGUUAUGUACAUCAUAGUGAAAUUUUUCACAUGGCAACAAUGAACUUUUUUGGCAACUCAAAUUUCUGACAAAACACAUUUAUUAACUGACUUGUUUAAAAUUCUACUACCUUUUCAGACAGGAUUUCUUUUACAUAAAAUAACAUACAAUACAAAUAGAUAGCUCUAAAAACAUUAAAGUUUUUAGUUUUUGUUUGAAAAUAAACUGCAGUGUUUAGUGGAAUAAUUGAUUACUUGGGAACUGCUAAUUGACACCAAGAAGUCAGGAAGUGAUCCUAGAACAGACGUACUCAAAAAUGUUUUCAUUCUUUAAUUAGAUCUAUAGAGUCAUUCUCAAGCAGCUUGAGAGAUUUAGUAAGCACAGACCUGUUUUUGAGUAAUUGUACACUCAAUACUUGCUUCUCUCUGGCCAGUUUGCUAGUUGAGUCGCAGCUUUCUCACUGUAGAUUUGCUUCUUGUUCACAUGAAAUGUUUGACCAUUUCAAAAUCUGAGGCCAAAAGCAGAUGGACAUGCACAAUCAUCAUCCACUUGGAUGUCAUUUUAUAGAUUAACACUGUGUGCUUUUGUAUGGAAAAAUAUAUAUAAUUUAAUAGCAUAAGAAAAGAAUAUAUAUUCAUUUGCACUCAUGCAAAGCAAACUUUAUGUUUUUCGGUGAUUCAAAAAUGCAUGUAUUGCAUGUAAAAGAAACCCCUUUCAACGAAUGUGUAUCACAUCUUUAUCUUGGUCUAUAAACUGUUGAUUUGGGUUUGUGGGACUUCUCUCGUUCUUAAUUAGUAGACUUCUGUAUAUCUGAAAUUACUGAACUGGUCUUGUUAACGAUGAUUCUCAAGAAGUGGAUCUUUUUUGCAUUCUCCCUUUCAGGAAAGUGCAGGAGAUUCUGCUGGUCAUAGGUAUGUAUACUGUAUUAUGUAACCAGUUUGGAAUAAAGUUUAGGAUUUAUGAAGUUCUCUGUAUUGCUAUAUUUUUGCAGAUAUUUGAAAUUCAAUAAACUGUUAAUCAUCCUG